GCUUCAUUAUUAAGAUCUCCGAGAGAGUCGUUCUUGGUGUAUCGUACAUCCAAACAGCAAUGAUUUCAUGAUAUCGCCAGAUAUCAAAAUGCUACUCAGUAUUAGUACUUGAACCAAUUUCAUUCAUCAGCUUUCAAUUAUGUCUAUUCGCGUUCUUCUCCGCGAAUAUCCCCAUCGCUCAAUUGCCCUUGUGACGCCUACCCACACUCUUAUUUUCCGCCAUAGUCCUUCUACGAAUGAAUCUUUGGGCAAUGGAUUGCCCAAUCCCAUUCAUCCAGUACAUCCGCGUGCAUCUGCCGACGGAGUUACAGCUCCCAAGUGCAUGGUAGAGUUCGCAGAUGUCUCGUCGGUUGAUCUCAGCGAUUACCGGACGUUGAGUCUUAUGCCAGUCCAUGGUACACUUGGGUUAAUUACCGUCAGCAAUGAUAUCUUCCUUUGCGUAAUAACAGCAAGGACUAUAGUGGCACAGGUGAGGCCUAGAGAAACCGUUGAAAAGAUUAUAGGGGUAGAAUUCCAUUGCUUGAACAAUGCGGAGUACGACAACACUUUUAUGAACGAUUUGGAUCCCUAUAAUUACAACGCGGAGAACACAUAUGGCCAAAAUUUGAGUCGACGGGACCCAAUCGUGGAGCACCCAUGUGCUGAGCUGCAGAGGCUAUUGGCAGAUGGAACCUUCUAUUAUAGCACAAAUUUCGACCUUACGAAUCGAUUGCAAGACCGAUCUACAGAUGCAACAGCAAACGAUGUUGAGAGUUUCGACGACUCUUUCCUAUGGAAUUCAUAUAUGAUUGGUUCCCUGGGAAAAUUCCGAUCUCGCCUUGUGGUGCGUGAAAGAGACGCCUUGGACAAAUCUGGUAUUCUUAUAUCUGCGAUUCGCGGUCAUGUUCAGACGAAUACUAUACCUCCUGCUUCAGAUCCUUUACGAACCUCAAGAUCAGGCCUCCCCUCGUCUCUUACAUUAAUAUCCCGAUUAUCGUGUAAACGAGCCGGCACAAGGUUUAAUGCUCGAGGAAUUGAUGAUGAUGGAAAUGUCGCAAACUUCGUCGAAUCAGAAACAGUUUACUGGAGCCCCUCUGCCAAUGUAAAAUAUUCUUCAGAACAAGCAGACGAAAAACCAGCUGGCAUAUGCUUUUCAUAUGCCCAAAUAAGAGGAAGUGCCCCGAUAUUUUUCGAGCAGGCACCUGGUUUACUUCCAGGCCAACAAAAGGUUACUGUAACUAGAUCUCCUCAGGGUACUCAGCCAGCUUUUGACAAACACUUUGAGGAAUUGGAGCGUAACUACGGCGCAGUUCAUGUGGUCAAUCUGCUCAGUGAAACCAAACCAGCUGAAGCUGAAAUUACUGCUUGUUAUCAAUAUGGAAUUAAUCAUUCGUCAUUGAACAAAACAGAAGAGAACGCCAAAGAUCAUCAAUUGUUGAGGGUCACAGAAUAUGAUUUUCACGCCGAGACGAAGGGACCUCAAGGUUACCAGGCAGCUAGCAUGAUUCGAAGUAUAAUUGAGAACUCAGCAGAUGGCUUUGCAUAUUAUCUGUCUGAAGAAAUUGAUGACACGGAAGAUGUUCCUGAGAACCAACCCCGAAGAACAGUGGUCGUAUUACAACAAGAAGGCGUAUUUAGAACCAACUGCCUCGACUGCUUGGACAGGACGAAUCUUAUUCAAACUAUCAUAUCUCAAAUGGCAGUAGAGUCGUUUCUUUUGCAUAGGGGGGCUAGAGGCACUUCCGAGUUUUGGAUGCGUCACUCAACAAUGUGGGCUGAUAAUGGCGAUGCUCUUUCACGAAUAUAUGCAGGUACAGGAGCUCUCAAAUCAUCGUACACGAGAUUUAAUAAGCAGACUCUCUCCGGUGUAUUCGCCGAUGCACGAAAGAGUGCUACCCGGUUAUACAUGAACAAUUUUGUGGACAAGGGACGACAAAACACUAUUGAUGUACUCUUGGGCAGACUUGUGGGACAAGUGCCUGUGCAUUUGUUCGAUCCCAUUAAUGACUACGUGACGGCUGAGCUAAACAAACGUAGCUCGGAGUUCCAAUCUUCUGAGGUGAUAAACAUAUGGGCUGGAAGUUUCAAUCUUAAUGGGCGCACAUCUGGUAUAGAAGAAGACUUGGCUUUGUGGUUAUGUCCUGAGCUCGAAAAAUCACAGCAGCAUCCUGAAAUAGUAGUGGUCGGCUUCCAAGAAAUAGUGGAAUUGAGCCCCCAGCAAAUUAUGAAUAGUGAUCCAACAAUAAAACAAGCAUGGGAAAAAGCCGUGCGAAAGACUUUAAACAGACAUGCUCGUGCAGCUGGUCAAGAUCACUACGUGCUGCUACGAAGUGGUCAGCUUGUGGGAGCUGCCCUAUGUGUAUUCGUUAAAGCUUCAGUUUUGCCAAAUAUCAAGAACGUUGAAGGCAGCGUCAAGAAGACUGGAAUGUCUGGGAUGGCUGGCAACAAAGGCGCUGUUUCAAUCCGCAUGGAUUAUGCAAAUACUCAGAUUUGCUUUGUGACUGCACAUCUAGCUGCUGGGUUUAGUAACUAUGCAGACCGUAAUAAGGAUUAUCACACCAUCCACAAAGGAUUGAGGUUUCAAAGAAACCGGGGCAUAGAUGAUCAUGGAAAGUUGAUCCAAAUGAUUGUAAAGAAUUAUACGGUUAUUUGGAUGGGCGACUUCAAUUAUCGGAUAGGACUUGGACCUGAGCGGGUGAAGCAACUCAUAAAAAUGGGCGACUUGGAGACUUUAUACGAAAAUGAUCAGUUAAACCUCCAAAUGGUAGCUGGUCUAACAUUUCAAUACUAUUCCGAGUCCAGGAUCACUUUUAUGCCAACAUAUAAAUUUGACAUUGGUACCGAUACAUACGAUACUAGUGAAAAGGCCAGAAUUCCGGCAUGGACCGAUCGAAUCCUACGGAAAGGUAGCAAUUUACGUCAAAUUAAUUACAACACCGCGCCCCUACGGUUUUCCGACCACAGACCUGUAUAUGCAAAUUUCCAGUGCACUGUGAGUGUCAUAGACGACGCUAUCCGUGAUUCUCUCAGUAGAAGCAUUUACAAUAGGAGGAGAGAGGAGAUUGGCGGCGCAACAGCUAGUUCAAAAUUGGAUGGAACUGACGACGAGGACUUGAUUGGAUUCGAGAGCCUAGAGCCUGGUUUACCACCUGCAAGCUCGAGUGAGAGAAAAUGGUGGCUUGACGGAGGGAAGCUUGCGAAGAGCCAAGUCCAACCGCCGAGCAAUUCAAAGGACGUGAUACCAAAUCCAAGGAGACCGAGCAACCCGUGGAGUGUGAGCGAUGAACCUGACUGGGUCAAGGUUUCAAGACCUGGCAUGUCUUCACGGAAUAGUUCACAGAGAAUGUCUCUUCCACCGGCACCUGUGGUAAGAAAUGGCAGUGUACUACGAAAGCUUCCGCCUCCUUUUGAUUCUUCUUCUCUCCCUAGUUCCCAAGGCAGACUUGGAAAUCCAAUAAAGGGUAAUUCCUCAACUCCAACUCUGUCUGCAAAAGCAGUACUUCCUCCACCACAGCUAGUAGCGAGCAAACUCUCGACUCCGACCCCGACCACAAUAGCAAAACCAGUCCUCCCCCCACCUCAACUUACACGCCGCGCAUCCACCGAAACAACACGCUCAUCGUACAAGAAAGCACCGCCUCUUCCAAGAAAACCUGUACAUUUAGCAUCUACUUCCGUUUCACCUACCCUCUCAACUUCUUCGUUGGCUCCAAGAUCGAAAGAUCCGCCACCUAUGCCUGGUGCAUAUAGAGAUUUCUCGCCGCCUACUCGGAGAGCUACUUCUGGUAUAGAUAAAAGCAGUUUGGAACCACCCCCGCCACCACAACCUCGAAGACCUGGAAGAAAGCUGGACGAUGAAGGGGCAAAGCCAGAGUUGCCGAAAAGACCACUUGACUUGUUGGGCGAUAACGAUGAUAUUGGGGGGUGGCAGGCCUUGGAGCCUACUAAAUGA